UGCCCAAAAUCUGGAAGCUUGUGUGUCUCCUCUAAAUAAAAAAUACCUUUCUGAAAACGAUGAAGAAGAACUAGAGGAAAAUCCAUUAAUCUCACAGACAAAAAUCACAACACCAUUGUCCAAGUUAUUAGUUAAUAAAGAAGAAAAUGAAAUUGAUUUGCUUGAUUUAUUAGAGAAUUAUAUUCUAUACUUAUCAAAUACAUUAUCAAUUUCACUUUCAAAUAUUAAACAAGA